CACCCGAAGAGGCUGAACCUGCCCCAAGGCAAGAUGAUUCUGAUAGUGCUGCUCAGCCUUGGGGGGCCCCUGGGGGCCUGGGCCCAGAUCCCUGGUAUCAAGUUCUCUGAUCCCUACAGUUCCAGGCCACCUGGGGUCUGGAAGGCAGAGGCUGAGGACAUCAGCAGGGACCCUGCCAGACGGAAUUGGUGCCCCUACCAGACGUCCAGGCUGGUCACCUUUGUAGCUGCUUGCAAAACAGAGAAAUUCCUGGUCCACUCGCAGAAGCCAUGUCCACAAGGGGCUCCAGACUGCCAGAAAGUCAAAGUCAUGUACCGCAUGGCCCACAAGCCAGUGUAUCAGGUCAAGCAGAAGGUUCUGGCCUCCAUGGCCUGGAAGUGCUGCCCAGGCUUUGCGGGACCUGACUGCCAGGACCAAGAUCCCAUGGUGAUCCCUGAGCCUGAAGAUCCAGGUGAUAGCCUCCAGGAGCCUUGGGAUGGGCCAGUCAGCUUUGAACCUGGCCACCUGGCUGCAGAGUUCAGCAAUGUGGUAGAGCAGCAGGAACACCGGCUGGGAGAUCUCCAGAAUGACAUUGACCAGGUGGCAGACAGUCUCCCAGGCCUGUGGAAGGCCCUGGCAAGCAACCUCACAGUGGCAACUGAGGCAAAUCAGACGGAGCUUGAGUUUCCCGACAGAUCCUUGGAGCAAGUGCUGCUGCCACACAUCGACACCUUCCUGCAAGGACGCUUUAGUCCCAUGUGGAGGAGCUUCAACCAAAGCCUGAACAGCCUUUCCCAGGCCAUAAGAAACUUAUCUCUUGAUGUAGAGGCCAACCGACAGGCCAUCAAGAGGGUCCAGGAGGGCGCUGUGGCCAGAGGUGACCUCCAGGAGCUUGGUGCCAAAUUUGAGACCAAGGUCCAGGAGAACGCCCAGAGGGUGGGCCAGUUGCGGCAGGAUGUGGAUGACCGCCUGAACGCCCAACACCUGUCCCUGCACCAGUCCCUCUCUGAGGUCCAGGCCGAUGUAGACAGCAAGCUGAAGAAGGCUCUCAAGGCCCAGGAGUCCCUGGGGGCCAACGGGAGCCUGGUCCUGGCAGCAGCAGGGGCAGCAGCAAGGCCAGAGCCAGAGAGCCUACAGGCCAGGCUGGGCCAGCUGCAGAGGAAUCUCUCCGCGUUGCACGUGACCACCGCCCAUAGGGAAGAGGAGUUACAGAGCACCCUUGCUGACAUGAGGGCCACCCUGGCCCGGCACGUGGAUGAGAUCAAGGAGCUGUAUUCAGAAUCCGAUGACACCUUUGAUCAGAUCAGCAAAGUGGAGCGGCUGGUGGAGGAGCUGCAGGUGAACCACACUGCGCUGCGUGAGCUGCGGGUGAUCCUGAUGGAGAAGUCACUGAUCAUGGAGGAGAACAAGGAGGACAUGGAGCGGCAGCUCCUGGAGCUCAACCUCACCCUCCAGCACCUGCAGGGCGCCCAUGCGGACCUCAUCAAGUACGUCAAGGACUGCAACUGCCAGAAGCUCUACUUUGACCUGGACGUCAUCAGGGAGGGCCAGCGGGACACCACGCGCGCCCUGGAGGAGACCCAGGUGAGCCUGGACGAGCGUCGCCAGCAGGACGGCUCCUCCUUGCAGGCUUUGAGCGGCAGGGUGGCCGUCCUGGCGCAGGCGGUGGAAGCACACCAGGUGGAGGCCGAGCAGGCGCGGGCUGACGCGUCGCGGCUCCGGAGCAAGCUGCGCGCCCUGGGCGAUGAGGUGAGCACGUUGCGGGCCACGAAGGGUGAGUUCCGCCGCGAGAUCCGCCAGCUGCACAGCUCCUUUUCCGCCCUGCUGGAGGAUGCGCUGCGGCACGAGGCCGUCUUGACUGCCCUCUUCGGGGAGGAGGUGAUGGAGGAGAUGUCCGAAGAGGAGCCCGGUCCGCUGCCCCUGAGCUACGAGCAGAUCCGCGUCGCCCUGCAGGACGCGGCCAGCGGGCUGCAGGAGCAGUCGCUCGGCUGGGAUGCGCUGGGCCGGGUGGCAGCUCUGGAGCAGGCGUCGCGGGGCGGCAAGCAGGCCGAGCGCCUGGAGCCCAGCCGGGACGCGACUCCAGAGGAGGCCGGCGGGCAGGACUCUGCUGGGCUGGCUCAGGCGCUCCAGCGCCUGAGCUCCGACCUCGAGCGCGUGGGCCAGUGCUGUGAGGUCUCCCGGGCGUCCUCCUUCAACAGCUCCCUUGAGGACCUCCGCGGGGCGCUCUCCACCACUGAACACGGCUUGGAGCAGCACCAGCGCCUCUUCCACAGCCUCUUUGGAAACUUCGAGGGGCUUGUGGCAGCCAAUGUCAGCCUGGACUUGGGGAAGCUGCAGGCCAUGCUGAGCAGGAAAGAGAAGCAGCAGAGAGAUCUGGAAGGUCCCAAGAGAAGGGACAGGAAGCAAGUGGAGCCUUUGGCGGAUACACAGGUCAAAGGGCCGGCACUGUGGUGGGCAGGUUCCCCUGUGGCCUUCUAUGCCAGCUUUUCAGAAGGAACGGCUGCCCUGCAGACAGUGAAGUUCAACACUACCUACUUCAACAUUGGCAGCAGCUACUUCCCUGAACACGGCUACUUCCGAGCCCCUGAGCGUGGGGUCUAUUUCUUUGCAGUGAGCAUUGAAUUUGGCCCAGGGCCAGGCACUGGGCAGCUGGUGUUUGGAGGUCACCAUCGGACCCCUGUCUAUACCACUGAGGAGCAGAGGGGUAGAAGCACUGCCACGACCUUUGCCAUGGCCGAGCUACAAAAGGGUGAGAGAGUGUGGUUUGAGCUAACCCAGGGAUCCAUAAUAAAGAGAAGCCCGCCUGGCAGUGCCUUUGGGGGCUUCUUGAUAUUCAAGACCUGAGCACCGCACACAGCUCUGACCAGACAUCCUGGACUCGCCCAGCUCUCCUUGGCCUGGGGCUCAGGCCAGGGUUGGACUAGAGACCAUCCAGUUAGUCAGGCUCUUCCCUGGAAACCUUCCGCAAAGACAAUGUGGUAUUUGUGGCUUCCCUCUAGACACACUGGGUUUGGCUGUUUCUUAAUGAUGAGAAGGACUGCAGUGCUUCUCUGUGGGCAGAACCUGGCCCAGGGAUGUGUGAGCCAUGGCUCGGCCUGCCUUCUGCGGCCACAUGGCUUGGACUCCGGCUCUUGGCUACGCCUUGUGUUCUACAGCUUCUUUGGUGUUUUGUUCCUCCUGUGGUUGGAAACAUUUGUACAACACUUUAAACCUUUCUCCUGCUUCUUCUCCCUCAUCUUAUGCUAGAAAAUCAUUCUUUCCCAGAAAGAAUUUAUUUAAAUGGAGGUGACAUUUUGGACUGUAUUGGAUGCCAAUUUCCACCCCAGUGCAGGACAGUAAAAAAUCAAUCUGUUUGGUGUCUAUCAGUCAAAAAUGGAGACAAGAGUACCCUGGUGGCUCAGCAGGCUAAGGAGCCGGCAUUGUUACAACUGUGGCUUGGGUCGAUGCUAUCCUGGCCUAGGAACUUCUGCAUCUUUAGGCGUGGCCAAAAAAAAAAAAAAAAGAUGGAGACAAAGACCCAGUUGAGUCAACCAAGGGAAACAAAAAAUUAGUAUCUUGUCUUUAGUUUCAGUCCUUCCUUGGAUUUACCUGUAACUCUAAUUUCACCUUUCUCCUUACCUCACCAGGGUAAAGGCUAAGACAUGCCAAACACAAACUAACAUGUGUACAGCCGUCACUUUUUUUUUUUGCUUCCUCCAAUAGCUUAUGUCCACCCUAGUUCUUAGCAUUUUAACCAGGAAGGGAGCUGAGGAAAGGGAAGGGAGACUGUAGAAAAUACCAUUUAACAAUUAUCAAUUUUGGAAUAAAGUGCCCUUCAGAUCUCUGCCUGGUUUACUUAUGGAAAACAAAAAGAUUUGGUAAAGUAGGUAGAAAUAUGGGACAAAAUGGAACUACUUGGAAUGUGACUUUCAUUUCUCCAGGCCAUAUGUAACUACACAAUUUCAGUUAAUUCUACACAAAACACUCAGAGCCCUCCACAGUUUCCACAAUAUUGGAUAAGACAGUACAGCUCAGAGUUGCAGUUAUUCCUGCAAUAUCGACACAUGGUUUUUAAAAAAUUUUAGAUCCUAAAGCAAACAGGCUUGAGAAAGCAGUCAUCAGAAAAUGUUUUUAUUUUGUUAGCAGUUAUUCAAUGUUUGUUUAAUAUACCCUUCUGCAUAAGAAAAUCAGUUUUGUCUGGGUGAUGAAAAAGGACAGAGUUUGUUGUCAGGGUUAACGAGGUUUUCAGUCCUUUUCAUUGACUCCUAAGGCUCAUGAAUUUAAAUUUAAAAUUGCCCCUCAGAAUUUACCAUUAAGGUUGAUGUGCUUGAUCUGCUAAAUUAUCAGCGUGAAAAGGAACAAGAUGCCAGGCCACUCUGGCACUGAUGGUUUGACCUUGGGGUAAAUCACAACCUUGCUUGAACUCUUCCAUCUGUAGUAAGAGGUGGUUAGUCUAACAGCUCUACGUAUCCGUGUAUUUUAUUAUCUCGACCACGGGUUCAACUCUCGCCUACGUGCCUACCCUCUGGCCAAGGCCUCCUGACCAGUGCAGCUCAGUUACCAAGACCAAGCCUAAUCCAAGGCCUGACAUAUUUGGGCCACUCCCAAAGAAUGGAAAGCCAGGACCAGGUCACUCCUGCUGCUAGAAAGACCACGCUGUGUCUUUUUUCUGCUUAAUCCUGCUAUUACUGGCCAAGCUGUACUGAUGUCUAAGUGGAAACAUUAGGGUAAUAUGGACGUAUCACUUAAGAUUUCAUUUGGAUCUUACUGUACAUAAGCAGAGUGAACUGAUCUCCUAUAUAAGGGGCACAUGUCCUCCAACCCUCAUAUGACUGGUGCUCUUCAAUGGGGAGGUUAAAAAUGGAAGUGCUAACUGGUAAACUCUGCCAGCAGCAUGGGUCACUCCAGAAGUUUCUGGGGUGGGAACUAGAGAAACUGGUUCUUUUAGAUAGGGUGCUUGCCAUGCAAAGUUCACAAACAUUAAUUAAUAUGAAAUUUAAGUGUAAAUUUUCUGUUUAAACACUUCUAUAAGUAGGACCCCAGAUUAACAAGACUUGUAAAGUUCAUUUGAUAGACUUCAUAUCUCCAUUAAUAUCUCUGGGUGGAGAAUCUGAAUGGUCCCCAGGUAGACUCUGUUACCCAAGGCUAAUGUUAGAACACCCUUCACUUGUGGUAUCCAGACAAAGACGAUGAGUGAACACAGAGAGGGUACCAUACUUUCACAAACCCAAAGGAAAAACCAUACACAAAAAUAUUCAAAAAUGUCACUGAGGAGUUCCCGUUGUGGCACAGUGUAAAUGGGUCCAACUAGUAUCCAUGAGGAUAGGGGUUCGAUCCCUGGCCUUGCUCAGUGGGUCAGGGAUCCGGCGUGGCUGUGAGCUCUGGUGCAGUUCACAGACGCAGCUCGGAUCCCGAGUUGCUGUGGCUGCGGCGUAGACUGGCAGCUGUGGCUCUGAUUCAAACCCUAGCCUGGGAACUUCCAUAUGCCAUGGGUGUGCACUGCCCUACACCAAAGCAAAAAUGUCAUUGAAAAAUAAGAAAGGGUACUAUAAGCAGAUCAGGAAAUUUCAGUAAUUCCUGGAAAAUAGGAAGUAGAAGGGAGCAAGUAAAAAGUGAGAUAGCAAUAGGAAAUCAUAACCCCAAAUAUUCAAGAGACGGGAGUGAUUUCAGGGAGCCUCAAACUCAAACUCAGCCUCUAACACACUGGGGGGAUCCAUGGAGGAGGGGCAGAGAGGCAGCGGGCAGUCCCAGGGGCUCCUUGCUUGAGGUAAGCACCAGCAGCAGCAGUGGCCUCUGUCUCCAGCUGGAGCAGUGCCAGUUAAUCCUGAGCUGCUACAGGGCAGCUACUGACUCUUGGAGGCAAGAACCUCCCACACCUAGAAGACACCUAUGAUCUUACUGCAAUCAAGACCCCCGGGAGUGAAUCCAGAGAUGUGUCUCCACAAACCACAUGUAAAAAUAACUCCUUGUUUCAGAAACACCGUUAAGAGAAUAUAUGGUCUACAAACAACUUUUCUCAAAACUCCUCUCCCACUCUGAAGCUCUUCUAGUCUCCCAUGACGUUUAGUCCCAAAACAUCACAAACUCCUCUUCCAGCUCUAGCAUGAGCACCAUUUCUCUAUCCUCCUCCAUGGAGAAAGCUCCCCCAAACCUGGCCUGGUAAUGACAAAACUCUUCUGGGGUGGGGAGAAGUAAACAAGCAGAGUGGGGAAAGCCUGAAUCCUUUGGAGUAUGAGGAUUACUUUUUGCUUCUGCUUUAGCAGAUAGUCCCAUCACUCCCUAAUACAGGAGGCUGAGGAACACAGAACUAGGGUGAGCAGUGGUUCACAAAUACAAGGGAGUUCCUGCUGUGGCUUAGCGAAAAUGAACCCGACUAGUACCCAUGAGGAUGCAUGCUCAAUCCCUGGCCCGGCUCAAUGGGUUAAGGAUCCAGUGUUGCUAUCAGCUGUGGUGCAGGUCACAGAUGUGGCUUGGAUCUAGUGUUGCUGUGGCUGUGGUGUAGGCUGGCAGCUGCAGUUCCAAUUCAACCCCUGGCCUGGGAACUUCCAUAUGCCGGGUGUGGCUCUAAAACAACAAAAAAACAAAGCUGAGCAGCUACCCCAAACUGCCAAAUAUUCGUGGAAAACUAGUGUUAUGGACGAGAGCUUCCGAAACUCAGCAAACUGAGUAUUUUGGAAUAUAUAAAUCUCUAGAAACAAUACAAGAAACUAGAAAUUUAAAUUAUUUGCUACCCAGAUCCUAGUUUCUAGAUACUGUCCUCCCUAAAAGGAACCAAAGUGCCUGGAGAAAUGGCUGAGUCAAUGGCGGGGCCAAGCAAAGUACCGGAUGUGCUGGGAACAUCUUACUGUGCCCCAGAGUAAGAACUGCUCAAAAAUGAUGGGCAUGUGUCAAAAGGACUCAGGUGCCAGCUUGAUGGACUCCCAGUAGCCAAGUCUGGGUCAAUUUGAGUAUUAAAACAAAUAAUGACCAGAGUUUCCUGGUGGCCUAGUGGGUUAAGGAUCCAGUGUUGUCACUGCUGUGGCAGAGGUUCAAUUCCUGGCCUAGGAACAAGCACAGCCCCCUCAAAACCAAAAAAACAAACAAACAAAAACAAAAAACCAAAACCUAAUAGACUGUAACUUACUGGAUAAAAUAAGAAUAGAUGAGUGCCUACUGAUAAUAAAAAAUAAAUGAAAAGACUUAUUCCUUACAGCAGAAUGCCAACCAACAAUGUAAAUGUAUUAAUGGAAUCAGAAAAUCACCACUUUGUAACCACAGAUUCAUGUAGGAAUUAUCAAUGGAUGCUAAAACACAGUCUAAAAUUAUCUUCCGUAACAUACUAACUACAACCAAAAAUGCUAACUUCACAGCAGAGGAACAAGGUGAGACCCACCUUAAACAAGUGAUUGACAGUGACAUCAGUAAUGGGACACACUGAUGCAGUGGCCUCCUGAUGGAAUGCCCUGAUGACACAAGCAUCAUGUCUACAAAACCACUGUACUUUAGAAAAUGUCAGUGUCACAGAAGACAAAAACUGGAGAACUAUUUUAGGUUAAAGGAGAAUAAGGGGACAUGACACCUAAAUGCAAAGCAAGAUCCUAGGCUGACACUGGACCAGGAGAAUGUGCUCAAGGACUUAAAAUACUGGAACAAAUAGCAAAACUUGAAAAGUCUGCAGAUUAUGGUACUGAUGAUAACUGUUAUGGUAUAAAUGUCAAUUUUCCUGAUUUUGAUAACUGUACAUAAUGGUUCCAUAAUACAAUAUCCCUGAGAAUUCAGGGAUAAGGAGGCAUGACCUCUGUCAUUUAUUCCAUGUAGUUCAGAAAAAAAGUGUAUGUAUGUGUGUGUGUGAACGAAGACAUUCCAAGAUGAACUUUUUAUACACACACAGAAUGACAAAGCAGUUGUGAGGAGAUGUAACAGUUUAUAAAUCUGGGUGAAAGGUAAACAGCAUUCUUUAUAUUAUUUCUGCAACUUCUCUGAAAGUUUGAAUUUUUUCAAAAUACAAAUAAAGUAACAUUUGCUGGAAAAAAAAAAACACUCAGUAGAUGGGCUAAAAAGCAGAAGCAGGAUAAAACAUUAAAGACAUGUUAAGAAACACGGAAGAAACAUCUGAUGGGCCUAAUAUUUAAUAACAGUCCUAGAAAGAGGAAAGCCAAAGGGAAGGGAAGGGAGUAAAGAAGUAAUAGAAGAAAAGUUCCUAAAUCUAAGAACAGAUUAAAAGGACCCAGUUAGUAACUGAGCAACAGAAUGAAUGUAUCCAGACAUGGCAAUUUUAAACUUCAAAACAUCAAAAACACAAGUUUUAUACACACACACACACAUUUAAAAAAAACAAUUUAUAUAUGAAGGUUCCCAGGCCAGGAAUUGAACAUGAGCCACAGCAUUGACCCAAGCCACUGCAGAGACAAUGCUGGAUUCUUAACCCGCUGUACCACAAGAAAACUCCAAAUUCUAUGUUUCUUGAAUGAAAAAAAUAAGUUCAACUAAAAAGCACUGAAUUAGACACACAUCAGACUUCUGACUGGCCACAGGGAUACUGGAAGCUCCUGGAGUAAUAGAUCUUCAGUUAGAUUUUAUCUCCAGCCAAACUACUAGCCAAGCGUGAAGACAGAAUCAAAUUUUAAAAAUCACUUUACGAGUUUUUGACUGAAAUGCCUCCUCCACCAGCGCCGGUCUUUUUUGCCACAGCCUUUCAAUUCUUUUAGUGUUUUUUAACACUUACUUGGACUUUAGUCAUACAGGAGAGUAACAGAGAACAGAGCACCAGCUGUGUUUCAGCAACCUGAUUCUAAAUUAUCUUUCAAAAAAAGUUCCCCCUAAAAAAAAAAAAAAAAAAAAAAAAAAGGCUCAAGUUCUUUCUUCCUCUAGCUUUAAAAAUACUCUCAAUGUUAGUACUUUAUAUUGACUUUUAAACAAUGGUAACAUUUAACAUUCCAGGUUCCCUGUAUAAAUUUAGGAUACGAGUGGUGAGGGGGAUGUGGGGAGUGCUGGGGCAUCUGGAAUCAUCCUGAAAUGCAUUCUGAGCAUACAUGGGACUUUCAGAGGGAAAGUAACUAGACAAAGACCAGGAAGGUCAAAUUCAGAGGAGUAGUAGGUAGGCCACACAUACUGCAAUGAAUAAAGAGAAGACAAUUCCUACCUCAAAGGUAAUUAUGGAUUAAGCUUUCAGCGCUAGUUUCUGCUUCUAUUUGAAAUAUUUUUUCAGAUACUUCUGCAUUUGAACUAACUUUCCUCUUCCUGACUUCCAGGUUCAGGGUGACUUGCCCAUUUGCUCUUACCCUGAGCUCAAGUGUUUAACUCCCCCUGACUAGAACAGUGCCACUGCUCCUGGCCAGCCACUUGCAGUGGACUGUGCCCACUUAGUCAAGGCUGUACUGCUCCAACAGCAGAGGCAAGGCUUUUUAGGAAUAUGCAUCUAACUGAAGUACUAAGUACCAGAAAUAGCCCAUGCACUCGAAGGCAGAUAAAUAUUUCUCCAAGUGCAUAAAGAUUUAGUGACUGAAUUAGCAUCUGCUUGGAAUUAACUACAAGGAUUAGACAAUUCUGGAAAAAUAGGGUCCUCACUUUUUUUUUUUUUUUUUGUCUUUUUAGGGCCUCACCCACGGCAUAUGGGGAGGUUCCCAGGCUAGGGGUUAAAUGGGAGCUACAGCUGCCAGCCUACACCACAGCAACGCCAGAUCCAAGCCAUGUCUUCAACCUACACCACAGCUCAUGGCAACGCUGGAUCCUUAACCCACUGAGCGGGGCCAGGGAUUAAACUUGUGUCCUCAUGGAUACUAGUCAGAUUCGUUUCCACUGAGCCAUGAUGGGAAUGCCUUAAUGUCUACCCUAUUAAUGCUACUAAUAAUGGUAAAGGGGAAAAAAAUGAAUAUAUUUAUCCCGUCUUGGGGUCAGCUUUUUAUAGAUGGAAAAAAAGCAAGUACUUGAUAGACCCAAGAAAUCCGAGAUUCUUCAUCAAGCUGCACAAGAGUACAUGCUAUUGUUUCAAAAAACUGUUUUUUGUUUGUUUUUUUUUUUUCUUUCUUUCUAUGGCUGCACUGGAGGCAUAUGGAAGCCGUGGGAGCUAGGGUUGAAUGGAGCUGCAGCUGCCUGCCUGUGCCACCGCCACGGCCGGAGCAACGUGGGGUCCAAUUCACAUCUGCAACCCAUGCCAAAGCUUCUGGCAACACUGUAUCCCCAACUCACUGAGCAAGACCAGGGAUUGAACCUACAUCCUCACAGACACAUCAGGUUCCUAACCCAGUGAGCCAUAAUGGGAACGCCAAGAAACGGUCUUCCAUUGACACUAAAUGAGUGUCUGUAAUAGGCCCUAUUCAAAACCUGUGUUAUCUGAGGGGAGACAUCAACUAGUCUCAAAUCUUUUAUGAGGAUUUAAUGUGUUCAACUACCUAAAAAAAGCAUCACAAGACACACUGAGUGAAUUUACACACAACUGAAAACAGCUAACAGGUGAUGAGACCAAGUUCAGAAGGGAAAAUGAUAUUGCCACAAAAUAAAAGGAAAGCUACCUUUAGUCCCUGAAGUCUAAGCUUUCAAAAAAGCAUCUGCUACAGCAGAACCCCACAGGGCCAGAUAAAUGCAUUUACUCUAAUUAUAAGAAGGUAGUUACAGAGAAGAUAUCAGGCAUUCUACUAGCAGAAAUAAAACAAACUUGGAAGAAACUACCUGGCCAGGUACAAAGAUGAGCACUCUUAAACUGCCAUUAGGCAUGUAAAUGAGGAACCCUUCUAGGCAGCAAUAUGGCAACAUGUACCAAGAAUCUCAGAUUUUUUUUUCAUCUUAAAGAAUCUUCUAAAAGUUCACAUCCACUGGUUCCAUUUUCAGGAAUGUAAUUUAAGAAAAUAAAUAUAUGAAGAUUUAUUUAUUGAAUGUACAAGGACGUUCAUUGUACUGGUUAUACUUUUCCAAACAAUGGAAAUAGCCAAAAUAUUCAACAGGGAGUUAUAAAAAUAAAUUGUUCCAUUUACAGUGGAAUGCUAUAUAGUCAAUUUUUUAAAAAUUAUGUUUUCAAUGGCUAUAUAAUAAUAUACUAUGAUCUUCAUAUUAUAAAAAAUAUGUAGCAGCAAAGAAGAUCAAAAAUAUUCAAAUGUAAAUAGUGGUAAUAUCUGGCUAUAGGAUUUUGAAUAAUUUCAUUUACUUCUUUAUUCCUAUGUUUUCCUAAACUUCUGUAAUGAGUACAUACUUUAAUUUUUUUUUGGCUGCACCCAUGGCAUGUGGGAGGAAGUUCCCAGGUCAGGGAUCAAAUGUGUGCCACGGCAGCGACCCAAGCUGCUACAGUGACAAUUCUGGGUCCUUAAUCCAUGGCACCACAAGAGAACUCCUGAGUACAUAUUUUUAGAAUCACAAUUUUUUUUUUUUAAUGGCCACACUUGUGGCAUAUGAAGGUUCCUGGGCUAGGGGUCAAAUUGGAGCUGUAGCUGCUGGCCUACACCACAGCCACAGCAACGCAGGAUCUGAGCCGCAGCUGUGACCUACACCACAGCUCACGGCAAUGCUGGAUCCUUAAUCCGCUGAUCGAGACCAGGGUUGGAACUGCCUCAUGGAUGCUAGUCAGAUUCGUUUCUGCUGAGUCACAAUGGCAACUCCCCCCCCCCUUUUUUUAAAGGAAAACAACUCUUUGCUAUGAUGGAUUUAUAACUUCUCUAUCUACACAAAGGAAAGAGUAUGUGGUCACUUACCCGUCCUGUGUCCCAUACUGGCUUUCUGGUAACUGAAAUACAUAUCUCAGGAACAUUUUGUAUAUACCCUAACGUAACAGUUACAAAAUUUCACCAGACCCAUGACUUCUGAUACACAAUAUAGUCCAAGUAGAGUAUCACAAAACACAUCACUAAAGUAUACUAAAAUAAGGUUAUUUACUUAAAAAUGAUACAUUGGAUGUAAUCUAUAUAUAGAACAAAGCAAUUAAUGAUAAACUUAAUAAGGCACCUUUUAAACCAGAUGCUGUACAAAAUACAUUUAGUGUGUUACAUAUAUCAAAGAUGAAUCUAUAUUUUUGGUGUUUUACAAUUGCAUAAUAAAAUUGCCUGUUUUUAACCC